UAAAUUUUCACUUACUGAGGAAGGAAUUCAGGAGGAAUUUGGUGUAAAUCAUGUCGGACAUUUUCUUUUCACUAAAUUAUUAUUAGAAAAAAUUAAAGUUUCACAACCAGCACGUAUAGUAAAUCUUAGUAGUCAUGCUUAUUUAUAUGCUGAGGGUGAAAAUUUCUUCGAGAAAUUAAAUGAUACUGCUCAAGACACAGUGUCACGUUAUCAACAAUCAAAACUUGCAAAUGUUUUAUUUACUAACGAAUUAAAUAAACGAUAUUUUAAAGAAGUGAAAGUAUAUGCUAACUCUGUUCAUCCAGGUGUCGUUAGUACCGACAUGUUGAAUAGAGGCCGUAGUUCUCUGCCAGAAAAUUUCUUUACUUAUGCAAUUUCACCCGAUGAUGGUGCUAUUACCACCUUAUAUUGUGCUACAAGUCCAGAAAUCGAACAGAAAAAUUAUCGUGCAAAGUAUUUUGAGCCAUUUGGCAAUGAAAGGGAACAGUCCGCAGUUGCUCAAGAUGAGGAUUUAGCCAAAAGACUUUGGGAAUAUACCGAGAAUUUAAUAAAUGAAAAACUCCCAAAUAAAGGGCGGAACCAGUU